GGUAUAGUAUUUACUUAACUUGUAGUUCUGAAAUAAACUGUAUAUUGUUUUCCAAGUCUAAUCCACAAUAAGUAAAAAUACCUUCAAUAAAAUAUUUUUAAAUUAAAAACAUGUUUUUUUUUAAACAGGUUUCUAUAAUCCAGGAACUUGUUACUAAUUAUGAAGACUCUCUUAAAACAUGUGACUUUUUUAGCCCUUAUGAGAAUGGAGGGAAGGAACCCCCGACAACACUACUCUGGGUUCAGUAUUUCCUGGCACAGCACUUUGAUAAACUUGGGCAAUAUUCUUUGGCUUUGGAUUAUAUUAAUGCUACGAUUGCUAGCACUCCAACGCUAAUAGAAUUAUACUAUAUGAAAGCAAAAAUUUACAAGCAUAUAGGUAAUCUCAGGGAAGCUGCAAAGUGGAUGGAUGAAGCACAGUCUUUGGACACAGCUGAUAGAUUCAUCAAUUCCAAAUGUGCAAAAUAUAUGCUUCGAGCAAAUAUGAUAAAAGAAGCAGAGGAAAUGUGCUCCAAAUUCACAAGGGAAGGAACAUCUGCCAUGGAAAACUUAAAUGAAAUGCAGUGUAUGUGGUUUCAGACAGAAUGCAUUUCAGCUUAUCAACGUCUGGGGAAAUAUGGGGAUGCCUUGAAAAAAUGCCACGAAGUAGAAAGGCAUUUUUUUGAGAUAACCGAUAAUCAAUUUGACUUCCACACAUACUGCAUGAGAAAGAUGACCCUUCGUGCCUAUGUUGACCUUUUGAGAUUAGAAGAUAUACUCAGAAGACAUGCCUUUUAUUUCAAGGCUGCUAGAUCAGCGAUUGAAAUAUACUUGAAAUUAUAUGAUAAUCCCUUAAUCAAUGAAAGCAAACAACAAGAAAUAAAUUCAGAAAGCAUGUCAGCCAAAGAAUUGAAGAAAAUGCUUAGCAAGCAGAGAAGAGCUCAGAAAAAGGCUAAAUUAGAAGAAAGCAAGCAUGCGGAAAGGGAACGUCAACAAAAAAAUCAAAAGAAAAAAAGAGAUGAAGAAAAAGAAGAAGCCAGUGGUCUUAAGGAAGAACUUAUACCUGAAAAAUUAGAAAAGGUAGAAAAUCCAUUAGAAGAAGCCAUCAAGUUCCUUAUACCUCUUAAGAACCUUGUUGCUGAUAACAUUGACACUCAUCUAUUAGCAUUUGAAAUAUAUUUUAGAAAAGGAAAGUUUCUGUUAAUGCUGCAGUCUGUCAAACGAGCUUUUGCCAUCAAUGGUAAUAACCCACGGUUACAUGAAUGUUUAAUUAAAUUUUCUAAAUCUGUGUCUAAUCAUAGUAAUCUUCCAGACAUUGUGAGCAGAGUUCUAUCUAAAGAAAUGCAGAAAAUAUUUGUCAACAAGGAUUUGGAAAGUUUUAAUGAGGACUUUCUCAAACAUAAUGGUGUCUCUCUUCAGCAUCUGCUUUCAGGUGCUAAAAUGAUGUAUUUUCUGGACAAAUCAAAGCAAGAGAAAGCAAUUGCGAUAGCAACUAGACUGGAUGAAACUAUAAAAGAUAAAAAUGUGAAGGUAAGAUUUUUCAUAGGCUGAUUUAUGGAUACUGACUUUGGGAACUGUAGUUCCCAAUAUGAAGAAUACAGGAUGGCCUGUCAUAACCUGCUUCCUUUUACAUCUGCUUUCCUGCCUUCUGUGAAUGAGGUCAACAGUGCUAGUGCAGCACUGAAUUAUACACCUAACUACGGUGUCUUGGCAAAUGAAAUUUAAAAUCUGAAAGAAAGUUGACUCCUAGAGACUCAAAGCUGAAUUCAGAUCAGGGUUUCUUUUCCAAGGUGCGUUUUAAUGUAGGUAGAAAUGAAAUAUUUGGAUAGAAUUUUGAAAUGGAGAAUUCUGUUAAACUUAUUCUUUAUCUGACUCUGCCAAUUUACAUAAACAUCUGUUAAAAUUACCAGUUCAUACUUGUACAGUUUUUCUCAAACUCCCAAAUUAUUAGCAUUGUGGUAGCUUCUGUCACUUCUAUAUCAUAAUUAUGAUAAUUUCUUAUAGUAAGUUGUAUACAGCUCCAUUAUAUUAUUUUCUUAAUAUUCUGGUUUCAGGAUCUGUGUUUUGAUACCUUGUCAUAUUGGUUUAUAAUUGUUUAUUUGCUUGCUUUUUAAUUAAAGCACAUUAGUUUUAAAGUGUUAACUAUAUAUUAAAAACAAUACAGGGGGACUGGCUGAUUAGCUCAGUUGGUUAGAGCAUGGUGCUGAAAAC